UAUACCAGACUGGCACAUUUUGUAUUCUCGUUCUGGAAGGCUGCCAUAUUCACAAGCCCACUCUUCGCCGUGUAGAGUACAUUCAAGGAAUGGUUCCCAAGGUGGGAGCAGAUCCCCUUCUUCAAUGUGGAGAAGAUGCGCAUGAAGAGGACCAGCGAGGGAUUGCUGCUCUCGGAGCUUUGACUGCCUCCGAGCUGUUUGUUCUCCAGCUUCCCGCAUGCUCCCGAACAAGUGUUCACCGCGACGUCUCCUAACUCAGUUACCUUUCCAGCCUUUGCCCAUUUUCAAAAGUGACCUUUCGUGGCAGUUUUCAUUUGCGCGUCUUCAAUAGCAAGCCGAGGAGUUUUCCACGUUUACCCAGCUUGUGCCUGUCGUGCUUUCUGAUUGCCUGUUCGUCCCCUCACCUGGUUCCGGGCUGCGGGCUGCGGGCUGCGGGCAGUCUCAUGGCUGACGGCCAUCACUUCUCUCGGAGGAAGAAUAGCGACCCACCAGCUGCCUUUUGUACCAUCCAUCAAUGUUGUAAACCCAGUCCUGUCUUUCUUCGACGUGAAGCGGAUUUUAUUUCAAAAAAUUACCUCUAAAAAGGAUGAGCUGAUGAAAGUCUUCAAGAUGCUUGAUACAGGACAGAACCUGACAGUGACAAAGGGUGAGCUGAGAAGAACCAUUGCGACCUUCCUGCUGCCGCUUACCAGAGAGCAGUUCCAGGACGUGCUGGCACAGAUCCCUCUCACCUGCUCUGGUAAUGUGCCGUACCUUGAAUUCCUGUCCAAGUUUGGUGGAAUUGACCUAAACAUAAAUGCUGCAAAGAGGGUUAAUGGGAACGAAAUGGUUGGCUGCCGGAAAGUGAAUGAACUCGAAGCCCACAUCGGAGACCAGGUUUCCAAAAAUAUGAAGACCAUUAUCAAAGCCUUUAAGCUCAUUGAUGUUAACAACACUGGCCAGGUGAAGCCGCAGGAACUGAGGCGGAUUCUGGAAGCCUUCUGCUCGAAGAUGAGCGAUGAAGAGUACGAGAGGUUGUGCAAACACUACAACAUUGAUGAGGGCACUGCGGUGGACUACAAUAUGUUCUUGAAGAACCUUGGCAUAAGCAAUGACAUCAACUGUCGAUAUGUAAUGAUACAGCCAGAGCUCUCGGGAGAGAAUCAACAAGCCAGAGAUGUCAAGAAGGAGCAGUUGCCCAGCUCUGCAUCAUCUGAAGACACCUGGAAGAGUUUCAAUUUAGAUGAACUCGAAAGAAUCUUUUCCCAGGAGCUUUUGAGGUCGUUUGAAAAGAUUGAAAAGGCCCUGAGUGCAGGGGACCCCUCCCAAGGUGGCUAUAUCUCUUUGAAUUACCUAAAAGUUGUCCUCGACACCUUCAUACACUACUUACCAAGAAGAAUUUUUAUCCAGCUAAUGAAAAGAUUUGGGCUUAAAACCACCACUAGAAUCAACUGGAAGCAAUUUUUAAAAUUGUUUUGUGAGCAUCCAAAGUUGGAAUUAAGUAAGACAGUUCCCCCAAAGAAGAUAAGCAGUGUUGACUCUAGAAACCGGGCCUACAAGGAAAACAUUAUCAAAAAGCUGUUCCUGCAGUCAGAAGACCACCACGCCUCACUGAAGAAAGCGUUGCUGGUCAUGAGCAGUGUCCCGGAUGGAAAGAUGCCUUGGGAAGAACUGCGGCAUAUUCUCAACUGCAUGGUCACCAAGUUAAGUGACUCAGCGUUCAAAGAACUAGUGCAGACACUGGACCCCGAGGGCACCGGCAUGGUGAAGAUCAGCACCCUUCUGGACAUGCUCCCUGACAGCCCCGAGGUAAGAAAAGUGUCCCCUCCUACGGACAACAAGACACCUCUGUCGCUGGAUUGGGAUUCAGUGGACAAAAUGGUAUGUGAUGCAAUUUCGAGGAAUCUUCGAGCUUUCUAUACCAUGUUGCAGUCAUAUGACCUUGGAGACACAGGCUCCAUCAGUCGAGCUAAUUUCAAGAAAGUCAUGCAUAUAUUCUGCCCAUAUUUAAAAAAUGAACAUUUCAUAAAACUCUUCAGUAAGUUUUAUGAUUCGGUUUCCGGAAGAGUCCUUUAUAAGAAGCUCUUGGCAUGUUUGGGAAGCAGUAGCUCAGCAGCUGUGUCUCCACUGCUUGGGUCACAGGAUCAGCUUAGUGGACAGUUUCAAAAAGAGGGACAAGACCAGCCAAGCCUUCCUGAAAGAACCCCACCUGUCAGGAACACACCCACAAGGACCAAGAACAUGACCAAAGAAGAGGUCAUUGAAAAGCUCAAGGUCCGUAUCCAGCAGCAGGACCCAGUGUUCAGAAGGCACUUUCUCAGCGUCAGCCAGACGCCUGAUGGGAAGGUCAGCAUGCAGGACUUCCGGAAGGUCCUGGAGGACAGCGGGAUGCCGAUGGAUGAUGUCCAGUACGCUCUGCUGGCCAGCAAGCUGGGAUACAAGAAGGAAGGAAUGAGUUACCUUGACUUCGCCUCAGGAUUUGAAGAAACUCAACCAAGUGAGCCAGAACGGAGCCCCCCACCGACCUCUGCCUCUUCAAAACCGCACGUGGACAGUUACUUCAUAAGUGCCGAAGAGUGCCUGAAACUUUUCCCCAAGAGGCUGAAGGAGUCAUUCCGGGAUCCCUACUCUGCAUUCUUUAAAGUAGACACUGACAGGGAUGGCAUAAUCAACAUGCAUGAUCUUCACAGAUUGCUACUGCAGCUUCUGCUUAACAUGAAGGACGAAGAAUAUGAGCGCUUUCUCGGCCUCCUGGGCCUGAGACUUAGUGUCACUCUCAACUUCAGGGAGUUUCAAAACCUGUGUGAGAAGAGACCUGUCAGAUCAGACGACGCGCCACAAAGGUCUAUCAGGACCAAACAGAAAGUUGCAGAUUCAGAACUAGCCUGUGAGCAGGCUCACCAGUAUCUUGCUCUCAAAGCCAAAACCAGAUGGGCAGACUUAUCUAAGAAUUUCAUAGAAACUGAUAACGAGGGCAACGGCAUUCUUCGGCGAAGGGACAUAAAGAACGCGCUGUAUGGUUUUGACAUUCCCCUCACCCCAAGAGAAUUCGAGAAGCUUUGGCAAAGCUAUGACACCGAGGGGAGAGGCUACAUCACAUACCAGGAGUUUCUGCAGAGACUGGGCAUUCACUACUCCCCAGAGGUGCACCGGCCCUAUACAGAGGACUAUUUCAACUUUCUGGGACACUUCACGAAGCCCAAGCAGAUCCAAGAAGAAAUCCAGGAGCUGCAGCAGAUCACCAACAGGACCAAGCUAGCCAGGGAAAAGCUGGCAGACCACUAUGAAGACAUCACCAGAGGGCUCAGCACCCUAGAGAAGUCCAAAACGGGGUCUGUCCCCCUGUGCAAGCUGCAGAAAGUGCUGCGCGACUGUGGCUGUGCCCUCAAGGAGGAGGAGCUGACCAGCCUUCUGGACAGCUGGGGAGUCUUUGUGCAUGAGAACAAUUACGUCAAUCACCUGGACUUCUUGAAAGCUCUGGAGAACUACAGCAAGCCACGUAGAGCUCAGGCAGGAGACAGAGAAGAAGACGCUCCAACCAACUUCUCCACGCUGAACCUGGAGGAGCUGGUGAAGAGUGUGCAGGGGGUUGUCAAUGCCUCCCAGCAGCCUCUGUCUGAGGCAUUUUCUGAAUUGGAUAAAGAGGGCACAGGCUUCCUAAAGCCUAUAGAAUUCGGGCAAGUCCUCAAGGAAUUUUGUCACAAACUAACGGAUAACCAGUACCAUUAUCUCUUGAGGAAACUAGGAAUUCACCUGAGGCCCAGCAUCCACUGGAAAUACUUCCUGCAGAACUUCAGCUCCUUCCUAGAGGAGUCUGCUGAUGAGUGGGCUGAGAAAAUGCCCGAAGUCUCACCUCCCAGAUCUCCCAAAGACACGGCCAACAAAGACAUCCUGGCACGUCUGCACAAGGCAGUGACUGCUCACUACCACACCAUCACCCAGGAGUUUGAGAACUUUGACACCAUGAAAACCAACACAGUCUCCAGAGAUGAGUUCAGGGCCAUCUGCAACCGCCAUGUGCAGAUCCUGACGGAUGAGCAGUUCGACAGGCUCUGGAGCGAGUUGCCCGUCAACCCCAAGGGGAGGCUCAAGUUCCAGGACUUCCUGAGCAGGUUCAGUAUAGAGAGGGCAGCCUCGCCGCCAGCCAUGACCACAGCCACAGGUGACUCGAUCGCCGCACAGAGAGGGAGCAGCGCCCCGGAAGUUUCUGAAGCUACUCGCUCUGCCAUAUCCUCACCUCUUCGGGACCAGAGAAGGGGACUGAAAUCGCGGAGUCACCCGGGUACUCCUGUGGGCACCCCACCCCUACAGAACCUGGAGCCCAUCGAGAACAAGCUCCGCAGACAGAUGCAGGGGUGCUGGCGUGAGCUCCUGAAGGAGUGCAAGGAGAAGGAUGUGAACAAGCAAGGCACCAUCACUGCCUCUGAGUUCCUGGCGCUCGUGGAGAAGUUCAACCUGGACAUAAGCAAGGAGGAGAGCCAGCAGCUCAUUGUGAAGUAUGACCUGAAGAACAAUGGCAGGUUCGCCUACUGUGACUUCAUCCAGAGCUGCGUCCUGCUGCUGAAAGCCAAGGAGACCUCGCUGAUGCAGAGAAUGAAGAUCCAGAAUGCCAACAAGAUGAAAGAAGCUGGUGCCGAGUCGCCUUCCUUUUACUCUGCCUUGCUGCGCAUCCAGCCCAAGAUCGUGCACUGCUGGAGGCCCAUGCGGCGUUCCUUCAAGACCUAUGACGAGGGCGGGUCGGGCCUCCUAAGCGUGGCCAACUUCAGGAAGGUGCUGCGGCAGUACGGCAUCAACCUAUCAGAGGAGGAGUUCUUCCACUUGCUGGAAUACUACGACAAGACACUGUCCUCCAAGAUCUCCUACAAUGACUUCCUUCGGGCCUUCCUCCAGUAGGCACCCCCUGGUGCUGCUAAGGGGACAGCCUGAGGACUAACGGAACCAUAGAGUGGAGGGUUUUAGUGAGUCUCCAGAACCCAGCCCAGCCAGCUCCUGCAAUCGGAGGGUUCCUGCACGCGCAGCUGGGUGUCCAGGCUUCUCCUGAAGGCCUGUUCUGCUGUCCUCGUGCCCCUCACUCACUGGUUUGAGCAAAUAAAAUAGUCUUUGCAGGAUAAUUCCCAAGGCUUUAAAAGAACUACUAGUGAUGAAAUACCUAAGAACUGCCUGCUGGAGCACCUCUUCCUACCCAUGGCCCUGCUCCAUGACUCCAGGCCCACAGCCUCCUCUGCCUCCAGCCCUGGGUCAAAAGAUAGCUGGCACUCGGCCUCACUGUUUGGCCCGGUCAGGGAUGCUGGUGAGCCCAGCCCUAUGGAAGAGCGCACAGGCAUCGGUGAGGCUUAGUGUUCCCGAGGCCUGGCCCGAUGCAGCUGCCGCGCCCACCGCAGUCUCGGAGGGCUUUCUUCUCUGAACACUGGUCUGAUGAGCUCAGGAUGGCUGAGGAGCUGUACAGGCUGCUCUCCCACCCACAGAGAGCCAGGGGGUGCUGGAUGUGACCCCACCCAUCCUAUGAGGGCCGCCCCUGCUGAGCCCUGCUGCUGGACUACUGAUAGGAGGAGGCAUGGCUGGUGAUGGGAGGAGGUGUGAUUGGUGAUGGGAGGAGGCGUGAUUGGUGAUGGGAGGAGGCGUGGCUGGUGAUGGGAGGAGGCGUGGCUGGUGAUGGGAGGAGGCGUGAUUGGUGAUGGGAGGAGGCGUGGCUGG